AGACGCGCGAGUUUAUAGGAAAGCAUAUAUAAUCUGACCGAUGAACGGUACCCAUCUCAGUGGGAUCGCAAGCUUCAGACAGUAAACAUGUCCAUGAAAACGGAGAAGAUUGGAAUCGUUGGAAGCGGCCUUAUUGGGCGUAGCUGGGCUAUGCUCUUUGCCGGCGUUGGUUAUCAAGUUACCAUUUACGAUAUUGAACCAAAACAAAUCGAGGUUGCACUCGUGGAUAUCGAGCAGCAGCUCAAUACUUUGGAGAAAGAGGGAAUGCUACGCGGAACGCUCAAGGCGGUCCAACAAUUCUCCUGCAUCAAAGGUAGCACAAAUUUGGAGGAAGCUGUAAAGGAUGCUGUCCUAGUCCAGGAAUGUGUUCCUGAAAAUCUCGAAUUGAAGCGUAAAGUAUGGAAGGGAAUCGACGACGUAGCUGGACCAAACACGAUUUACUCAAGCUCCACUUCGACCUUCAUGCCAUCAUUGUUUUCUGAUCAUUUGAAGAACAAGUUAGUCNUUUUUUUAAGACAAAACACCGUUGUCUCUCAUCCAGUGAAUCCACCAUACUAUGUACCAUUGGUUGAGAUCGUGCCAGCUCCAUGGACCGAUCCGAAAGUUGCAAAGAAAACCAGAGAGAUCAUGGAAGAAAUCGGUCAAACACCGGUGAGCUUAAGUAGGGAAAUCGAAGGUUUCGUACUGAACAGAAUCCAGUACGCUAUCCUCAACGAAACUUGGAACCUGAUUGCCGAUGGUGUUCUGGACGUCAAGGACACCGAUAAGGUGAUGUCUGAUGGUUUGGGAAUGAGGUACGCGUUCAUGGGUCCUCUGGAGACGGCGCAUCUAAACGCUGAAGGAUUUGUUAACUAUUGCGAGAGAUACGCGAACACCAUCCACGCAGUGAGCAAGACUUUUAAACCUUUGCCCAAGUUCGAAGGACCACUCGUCAAGGAGAUGGCCAAAGAUUUGGAGCAGAUGGUUCCUCUUGAUAAAUUGCAAGAAAGGCGCAACUGGCGUGACCUAUGCUUGACCAAAUUGAGUCAACUUAAAAAAGAGACGCAAUAGUUGCGUGUUUCGAUUAAAAUCUAUUUGUAUACCUUCAUCAAAAUUAUAAA